AUGUUAACAGUCAAGAUAUUUAUACUUUCCGUUUUGCUAUGUCCAUGUGUGGGCAAUGGCCAAGGUCCGACCACAGGGUGUUCGUUAAAAUCUAAUCAGCAAUCACAAUUGAAAUCCAUAGUACCUAGAAUUUUUACGCGCAAACGAAGAGCUCUUUUAUUUCCGCCAGGAUCGUUUUUAAAGUUCACAUGUUCCCUUGCCACGGGAUUACUUGCUGCCUAUCCUUCAGGUGUUUCAUUUGUAUUAGAGGAGGCUGUCUAUUUUCCUGUACCGGGCACUAUAAAUGAUAUCUAUCCGAAGCGUUAUUUGCCAAAAACAACAACUAAGACCCCAGAAAUAUUGCCAGAUUCAAUUGUCUAUAUACCUGGAACAGAUUGGAAUUUCAAGGCCAAAACAUUGCCCAAACCCAAAUGGAGAAACAGACCCACGCAUCGCUGGGAUCAUGGCAAAUAUGGCAAUCCAUAUAAAUGGCAAAAAUGGAAUAAAUACGACACUAAAUGGCAAGACAAGACGAACUGGUCUAAAUGGACAACAGAAGCUCUAAAGUGGAAUAAAGAUUGGAAGAAAUAUGAAACAGAAUGGCAACCCAAAACAAAGUGGUCCAAAUUGAUAACGUCAACACCGAAUUGGAAGCAAUACGAAAAUCAUCGUCAUUAUCCAGGUCAUCGUGAUCGUCGGCAAUUAUUUGAACGCUUUAGUCAACUCAGCUCAUUGGUUGGCUUUGAUAUCAAGUCAUGCAUAUUGCGUACAAUGUGCGAUAGUAAACGUUUAUUAUUACCGCCAGGAUACUCUAUGUUACACGAUAUGCUAGGGAUAGUUUUCACAAUGCCUCGCAUAGAUGGAUUGGAAGAUGUUUAUUCAGAGGUGAUGAGCAAGGAUGCUAAUGAAUGUUCUAGGCAACUGAAAAGUAAAUGUAAUAUGAAUCUAUUAAUUUGGCUUUUGAGCGGCAAAACGUUGUAA